AAUAUAUUUCUCAGUAUGGGUUAUGCAUGAGGGCAUGAUACGGCUCUGAACGCCUCCUCCAGCUCUCAGUCAAAAUGUCUCGUCUGUGCUCACGGAUCGUCCUGGCCUUCACUGCGGGCUACUGCUGCUGCUGCUGCCUGUGUUCGGCCGACGUCGUUGAUUUCUCUGUGUGUCUGCAGUUCUUCUACAACGCUUGGCCUCCUAAAGGUCUGACAGGAACCCCGAUCUGCCAGCGUUUUUACAACCAGCAUCGCUUCGCCACGCUGUACAGCCGGCAGAGACGCUCGCCGUGGUUCUCGGCCUAUGUGUACACGGUCCCUUUAGGAAAGAGGCCGAGGGCUACCUGGAAGUUUGAGCCACAGUUAGCUUAUCCAGGAGCUGGCGGUAACAUGAUCCCCUUCCCCCCGGGUCCCUUGGACCAGAAUGUGGUGGAAAGCCAGGCUGUAGACCAGGAUUACAUCAACUCAACCUACUCUCGCGGCCACUUGAACCCCAGCCUCCACCACCGGAGCCACAAGGCCCGCGCUUCUACCUUCACCCUCACCAAUGUGGUUCCCCAGAAGCCGGGCUCUAACGACGGGCCCUGGGAGCUACUGGAGCAGACCGUCAACAAGACCAUAGCGGCUUACUGUUUGGGAGAGGCUUACAUAGUGACAGGCAUCAUCCCUUAUAGGAGCUCUGAGCCCUGGCUCAAGAAUCACCGUGUUGCCGUGCCUGAAUACAUGUGGUCAGCGUAUUGCUGCCCAAACUACAACCACAGUCUUCCAGAAGAGCUGAGGGAGGUCUUUCCAACGUACGCGGCCAUCGGACGCAACGACCCCAAUAGUACCGAAGAGAUUGUUCCUAUCAGCAAGUCGACUAAGAAGCAGUUCAGAGGAUACGAUGUGAGACGGAUGUCCCUGGAAACGCUGGAGAUGUACCUGAAGGACAGGUUCAAUACUGUCAUCAAGGUGUUUUAUGAGCAGUGCAAUACAUUAGACGGUUAGAAGUAGAUAAUGUAUUUUCAGGCUUGUUUGGGCUUGGCGUUAGUGGCCAGAGUGAAAGAGAAUCAUUGUGGGGGGCUUUGUCCUGAAGAUGGUGGCUGGCCAAGUGUGGACCCCAGAUGGUGCCUGAAAAGAAGAGAAAAAGGGGGGAGAAAGGAGUAGAGGAUGAAGGAAGAGGAACUGGGUAAAACUAAAAUGAACUUUUCUUGACAAACAACCACUACAGAAACGAUUCAUGACCUGCAACCACUGUGGUUUCACCUUGGUUGCAGAUCCACUCACAGAAGCACAGGAUAAUGUCCAUGUCCAUAAAUGUUAAGUUUUCACCUGCUUGAUCUUAUUAAACUUAAGUUUGGAAAGAAA